AUGAAGCCACACUUGAAGCAAUGGAGACAACGCAUGCUCUUCGGAAUAUUUGUUUGGGGGCUUCUUUUUUUGGUAAUCUUCAUCUACUUCACAGACAGCAACCCUGCGGAGCCUGCGCCCAGCUCCUUCUCCUUCCUGGAGACCAGGAGGCUCCUGCCCAUUCAGGGCAGGCAGCGGGCCAUCAUGGGUGCCAUGCAGGAGCCCUCCUCCCCAGGGAGCUUGGAUCCCAACAAGGUUCCACGGGCUGGGCCCCGAGUUGGUCCUUUUCAUGCAGGACCCAGAGACCCACAAACAUGGGAGCAGGCCCCAGAUGGCUUUGGCCACGCAGAGUUGUUUUUUACCUCCCAGAUAGGGAGGAAAUCUCAAAGUGCGUUCUACCCUGAGGACGACGACUACUUCUUCGCUGUGGGUCAGCCAGAGUGGCAAAGGCACGUGCCAGGGAGCUGGGGAUUGCCGUCCCCAGAGGAGCCUUCCCAGCGGCGGGGAGCCCAGAGGAGGCUCCGAGUGAAGAAGAGAUGGAGCCCGGCCUCGGAGGAGGGAGACGAUGGGGACCGGCUGUCGGCCUCCAUGUCCCGGGCCUUCCUGUACAGGCUGUGGAAGGGGAACGUGUCAGCGCGCAUGCUGGCCCCGCGCCUGCAGAAGGCCAUGCGGGAUUACAUGGCGGCCAACAAGCAUGGGGUGCGCUUCCGAACCCCGCGCCAGGCACGCCGCAGCCGCAGCCGGGCAGAGCUGUUGUGCGAGCUGCGGCGUCGUGGCCGUGUGCGCACCCUGGAUGGAACCGAGGCGCCCUUCUCCGCGCUGGGCUGGCGGCUGCUGGUGCCCGCUGUGCCCCUGGGCCACCAGCUGCACCCACGCGGCCUGCGGAGCUGCGCAGUGGUCAUGUCAGCGGGUGCCAUCCUCAAUUCCUCCCUGGGAGAGGAGAUAGAUUCUCACGAUGCGGUUUUGAGAUUUAACUCAGCUCCUACCCGAGGUUAUGAGAAAGAUGUCGGAAAUAAAACCACUGUCCGCAUCAUUAACUCCCAGAUUUUAACCAAUCCCAGCUAUCAUUUCAUCGACAGCUCUUUAUAUAAAGAUGUCAUUUUGGUGGCAUGGGACCCUGCUCCUUAUUCUGCAAAUCUUAACCUGUGGUACAAAAAGCCAGAUUACAACCUGUUCACUCCAUAUAUUCAGCAUCGUCAGAGAAACCCAACUCAGCCAUUUUACAUUCUUCACCCUAAAUUUAUAUGGCAGCUGUGGGAUAUAAUCCAGGAGAACACAAAGGAGAAGAUUCAGCCAAACCCACCAUCUUCUGGUUUCAUUGGAAUCAUCAUCAUGAUGUCCAUGUGUAAAGAGGUGCACGUCUAUGAAUACCUCCCAUCUAUCCGCCAGACAGAGCUUUGCCACUACCAUGAGCUCUACUAUGAUGCGGCCUGCACUCUGGGCGCCUACCAUCCCCUGCUGUACGAGAAGCUCCUGGUACAGCGCCUGAACAUGGGCACUCAGGCGGAUCUACACCACAAGGGCAAAGUGGUCCUGCCCGGUUUCCAGGCUGUGCAUUGUCCAGCCCCUAAAUCUGAUGAUGCUCACUCUUAAGAAAGGGAAUCUUGAGAAUCACUGUGCAAUAAGGUGCUCACCUGAGGCAGGAGGAUAAUGUCUAUUGGAUAUGAGAUUCUCAGUCCUAGACUGUUCCCAUAGAUAACAAUGAUGGAUCCAUGUGGCUGCCUUUCCUAUAGAGGAUAGAUGCUCUGGGACCAGAGGUGGUCAAUUCAAAGUUGCAUAUCAGCAACUGAGUGUGCUUUAAUAGGCAAGUGAGGGGCCUUCACACAGGUUUGAUUUUUGUGCUUUUCCUUGUCUUUCUGACAGGACGUAGAGUUCAAGGUGUCCUGUCUCACAAAUAGCACUUCCUAUGGAUCUUGUCCCCUUGGUCACUCAGUCUGAAACCUAAUCAACCCUCGACUCUCCAGUAGCCCUCUAUCAUCAUAGCCACACAUCUAGACAAAAGUUCAGGUAAUUGUCAGUAUUUUCCAAAUUGGGAAAUAAAAGGACCUGGGUCAUUCUAUUACAUGCUUAUAAGCUAUUUAAUCCUGCAGAACAUAAUUAUACCUACGAUAUUGGCUGACCUUUGGGAAUGUAAGAAACAAUGUACUACUGAGUUAACCUGGUGAUAUUUAGGAUGUAUUAGGCCAUAUCAGUCUUCGACGAUGGAUAGAAGACUUUCUUUAUGCACAAAUGGCAUGAUUACGGUUCUGUAGGUUUUCUUACUCAUCAGCACAGUGAUUGUGGUCAAGAUUACUUCUUCCCGUUUGGGCUUUGUUGUGGAAAGAGUCAGAGAAAGGGAGAAAGGAAGGGUUGAGGGAUUAUGGACAGAUACAUGAUUGAGUAUGCUGGACACAGUCUCUGAAUAUGUUUAGCAUAUAACCUGUUUGAUUUCUGAUUUUUGACAGUUUAGAACUCUUGCCUUGUGGUUACACAGCUGAUGAAGGCAGCUCCAUUUAGAAACUAAUUCCUUAGAUAAAAUGUGCCUGAGUUUAAGCUAGUUUUUCUACUCUGGUUAUUUCUUUUGUGAAAUUCUUCUGCAUGUUUCUGUCACUUGGACAUUAUUUAAACACUUGAUAAAUGGAAAAUGUUUCUUUGAUGGUUCAAGGAAUAAAGUAUAAAUUCUGAAUCUUCUUUUAUUAAAUGAAUGAAGCCUUCAGUAAGAAAAAAAGCAAUCCAGCAUAUUCUCUCUAACUUUAGCCUAAGGAAAUUUGAAGAAUUAAAGACACUGAUAUAGUUCUUACUCUAGCAUAGAAGUGUGCAUGUAGAUAUAGUUAUAUAAUUAUAUACACAUAUCUACACACAUGAUUGCUUUUAUAUUGUCUUUUUCACUCAUCUUUAUGAUGAAAUCUUUACAAAAUAAGUUUUAUUUUAAUUAUGUAAGCACUAAAUUUUUCAGAGGAGGAUUACAUCCUAUGUCCUUAUGUUAAAAAAGAAUUCAGUCCUCUAUCCUGUGCCAAUGUCAUAUUCUACAUAUCUCUAUCAUAUCAAAAAAUUUGAGUAAAAUAUUUAAAAGGAAUUAUGAAGAUAGUAUUGUUUCCUAAUCUUAAGUUUUAUUUUAACUCUGAAAUUUGAAGAGAAGUUUAUCUGUAUCUCAUAGCUUUUACAAGAUUAGGGGAAGAAACAUUUACUGGUUCUAUAGACAAUAGUCUUCUAACUAGAUAGUUUUCAAGCAAACAAAAUGUAUUAAAAUCUGACAUUUAUAACAUAUCUUGCUCUGCUCUCAUGAAACUACGUAUGAAAUCCUUCCAGUGAAAAUCAGUGAACUUUUCUAACAGCUUUGGGAGUUUUUUUGUAUGAUAAUUUUUAAAAUGAAGUGUGUACUCUUCAAACUAAUCAAGGCUUAAAGUUUUCCAGGAAUUGCAUUUUAGAAGUGUUUGUAUACAUUUUAACACUUUGAUAUUUUCUAUUUUGGUUUUUGUAUAUUUUUAUGUAUACAC